AUGAAGUUCCAAGCUAGCCUCAUCCUGGCCAUCCAGGUCUUGUCCGUUGCGGCUCUUCCCCAUCCCAAGGGACCUAAGGAGAUCGUAGUCGCCGCCUCUUCAACCACAGUCGUAGCAUCCGCAACCGCCACCUCCGCCGUUGCUUCGGCCACUGCCACCGCUGGUGCUGGAGCUGGAGCCGGUGCCGGAGCAGGCAAGGAAGAAGAAGAAGAGAAGGACGAGAACGAAGUCGAGCAAACCGCCAAGUUCAACACCGUCGUCACUCUUGGCGGAGGUGACAUCAAGACCGAUACUCUUUUCCCUGCUGGCACAAACGGCAUCUUCGAAGUCGAGUUCCAAAACCCCACCGCCCGCCAACUCCGCGUAACAGAAAACAAGACCCCCACCACCGCUCCCCCAGGCUUCAAAGCCAUCGAGCCCGUCUCCUACAAGGUCGAAAUGGGCGGUGGAUCUUCCAAGGGCCUCACCUUGUCCAAAAUCGAUUACAUCCGCAACGCCGACUCGACCGUUGAUAUCAGCCAGGCUAAGCUGGGAAAGCUCUGCACGGAGACCAAUAGUUUUGUUAUUGGUGAUGGUAUCGGCGAGUCGGAGUUUGAGGCGGAUGAGAAUGAGUUGGCUACCAAGGUGGUGGAUUUGGUGGGUGAGUGGGCGGUUUUCGUACCUGAUGGUGCGGCGGCUGCGCCUGCGGCGGGUGUGGGUGCGGGUGCGGGUGAGAAGGAGGAGGUUGUUGCGGACCCGGCUGCUGGGGCUGGUGAUGCGGCUGGUGGUGUUGCUGCGGGUUGUGGACCAGGAACUACUUGCAGGACACUAGUUGAUGGACUUUUGUCUUUGAUUGAUGGUGCUGCUAGUACUCAGGCUGCCAAGGCCUAG